AUGGCGGACGAUACUUACCGAAGGGCAGUGAUUUGUCUAAUUUCCAAAGAGGAUUUUGUCUCCACCUGUGCCUCUGAUCUUCCCUUCGUGGACGGUAUCGUUCCUGUAGCUAAUGGUAACUCUAAAUUCAUCGAAGAAGUGGGAAAGAGGUUUGCUUUAGAGAUUAGAAACGGCCUUCAAAAUUCCACUACAGAAAAGAGUUUGAUACUGAAUGCUUGUACUUGCACUGAAGCUGAUCUAAAAAUUCCACCAUCUGAUGGAAAUUUGAAAGUUUUUGUUUUUAAAGACGUUCUUCAAACCCACCAGCUGCAUGUUGAUGACAUCGUUUGGUGUAAAAGGGUGAACCCUUUUCCACUGGAGAGAAUUGUCAUUGGCGUUUCAUCCGAAGAGAGAUAUUCAUGGGCUAAGAGCGCAUUAGUAGCAUUUCUUCGCGAAAGUCUUUCAAAUGGACCUAUAAAUGUACGAGAAAAUGGCAAGCUGAAUUUCUUUCAUGAUCAACGUAAAAUAUUUAGUGGAACCAAGGAAAAGCAGUGGUUAGAAUUGUCUAUACUGCAAUGUAAGCCUCUAGUACAAGGAGGCCUUACAUCAGAAACUUGUUUAGUUAUAUCCAAGCUGAAUGACCAAGAUGUUAUUUUUGACUCUGAAAUUAGUGAAGUGGAUCCUCCUGUGGUGCCAUCCAAUGCAAAUGAAUUGUUUCUUGUCUCUGAUUUUGCACGCCACUUCUCCAGGAGUCAGCUUUAUGGGGAACCACUUACACUGUCUGGUAGCUCAACCAGGCCUGGCAACCAUUUAAAAGCUAGUGUUUUGGAGUUCAAUGAAGGAAGUCAUAGCAAUUUGGCAUUUGAUCCAUCAAGCAGGCUCCUUGUGUCACUGUCAACUUUGAUUGACCUACAGAUGUUCAAUGGCAGCUGGGUCAAAAUCUGCACUGAUCAAAAUCAGGAUGUAGUCUGUAAUCAACAGCAGGAACAGGGUUCUUCAGUAGAAGCUUCAAAUGCUUUGCAUGACAGUCACAGCAGUGAGAAGUGUCAUAUGGUUCAAAUUGUGGUAACUGCUUCCCAGAAUGAUGAAAAUGAGUUUUUGAAUAAUAGUGAAAUUUUCCCUGUGCAUUCAAUUGGCAAAAUUGAAGAUGGAAUAGGAUACAUUGCCCCUUUACUCUACUUUAACUUGUUUCAUGACAGCCUUUUUAAUGAAAACCAAAGACCUAGUAUUUAUGUCUACCCAAUCCCAGAAACCAUACAGAAGGAAGAACGCAAGGUCACUAGCACUGCAAGCAUGAGUAGAAAACCUGCAUUUGCAAAUGAAGCUCACAUUGCCCUGGUGCACUCUCCUUAUUACAAAGCCAUGGAUUCUUUUGAUCAUGCAUUGGCAAAACAUUUCAAAACUCCAAGAAUGUUGACAGUGGGAGAUGUAUUCUACAUGUUUCAUAAUUGGGAAGAAAAUGGUGACCUUUCUAAGGAGUCGGGUUCACCUGAUGAUCAGGGACGCAGAAAUCUGGUUGUUUUCUUUCAAGUGACAAGGCUUGUUUGUACAGCUCAGGAAGUAAAAUCUUGUUUAGUGCACACAGAACAUACUUCCCUUUAUCAGGUAAGUUUCUAUUGUUUGUUUCAAUGGUCUUUGCUUCAGUCCACUUGGUAUACAAGUUUAAAAGGAUAAGACCUUUGCAGCUUAUGGUUCAUAUACAUUACUACCAGUACAAUGUACUCAUUGACUGAAUGGAUGUGAUGGGAAAAUAUUUAGCUUUACAAAUACAUAGGUCACGGAGUAUAGAUAAAGCACAGUGAGGUUCAUACUGUGAUCAUGAGUAAGAGGCAAAUUUUUUUCUUUUUGACCUACAGUCUAGCCCCUCUUAGUCAUCAAACAUUUUAUUGUACAUGUAUGAAUGCUCCUCUUUCUCUUUGUUUCUUUUGUUUUUCUUGCAUUUUGCAUCUCAAGAGGUCAUAAUCAGGGCUCUGUUCAACUUUUUUACAUGAACAAGAGAUGUGCCUGUCUUUUCUGUUACAUCUAUAUAAACAUUACAAGAAAAGAAAGCAAAAUCAGAGGCACUGGUACCAAUUAAAUUACUGGUAUAUGUACAUGAUUGCCUUUUGUUGCCAAUUAUAUGUUGUAUUAUUGAUAAAAGCUAUAUUUAUAUCAUUUUAUUUCUCAGAGAGGCACAGUACACAGUUAUGUGCCACUUGUUUGGAGGAGACAGUUCUGUGAUUUGAGAUCAAAUUACUGGGAGAAGUUUAGUCCUGCUGGGCUGAACAGUUACACUGCUGAGUUGGUCAAUACCAUACAUCCUCAUUUGAAUACCAGGUAUAGAUCAGUGGCUUGAGGUUCUUGAAUUAUUAGGCCUUUAACCUCUAAGAAUGAUUACCAUCUAAUUUCUCAUUACAAUAUCACCCCUGAAUCACACAUUAAGGUCACAAGAAUAAAGGAAAUGAUCAGCAACUAAAGAAGCUCUUGAUUGAUAAACAAAUUCUCCUUGUUGGAAUCUUAGGUAAUGUAUAGAGAACAGUAUGGAGAAUAUGCAUACAGUUGUUAGGUGUAGUCAGGGUUACAAUAAAGAAACUGAUCAUUUACUAUUCACCAAGGUGAAAAGCAUUCACUGGCCGGGAUAGAGUCAAAUACAUGAACCUCAACAAAUAUUUCUUGAGAAAAGUUUUCAUUGUUUUUCAUUGAUCAUACACAAAUAUACUACAACUAACUGAUUAUAUCUUUCUGCUCCAGAGAGACCUACCCCUUGCCUCCAUGUAGUGUUCUCUUAACUGGCCCUCCUGGAGCUGGAAAGAGGACGAUAGCUAUAGCAACAAGCAAAAGGUUGAACAUGCAUACUUUUGAGGUCAAUUGCUUUGAUCUGAUUGGUGAAUCAGUGGCAGCUACAGAGACAAGACUGAAAAAUGUGUUCCAAAGAGGUAUGUCUCUGUCAUAUAUUUGGCCAAUAAAGUGCCUAGCUUUUUGUGCUGUUGCUUGAAGUGGACGACUAUCUUUUAGUAAUUUGGAGCAAGGAAGCCUAUACAUGUGUUUCCUUGUUUAUCUAUCUUUCAUGUAGCUGCCACUCUAAGGGACACUUUGUGUAGGGUUCCUCAGCAGGGCACUCUUACAGUGCCUUAAGCUAAGCCCAGGGGUUUAAAAUUUCAGUCAAAUGAAAAGCUGUUGGCAGAAUUCAAUGUUUUAUGUAGGUGGACAAGCCAAGUAAAUUAUCUGAGUAUCUUCUUAAAAUGGGGCUUGGUUGGUGUCAGGGUUGACCAUGGAUGGAACACUGGAAUUUUCUAGGAGAUGAAUAACGUCCGCAGGUACAGGUGUAAUUCUUGACUGAAUGAGAUGAAACGAGUGCAGACAUAUGACCCCAAAAAUGCUUACACUUCUUGUAAAUCGAACUUUUCAUUGCCAAUCUUUGAUUAAAAUACAAUCCUACUAUUUCCUUUGAGUAAAGGGAGGCACUGUUUUAGUAUGGGAUGUCACGCGAAAGAACAUAACAUAUCAUUGUAAGGAGAUGUGAUUGUUGUCUGUGUAGUGGGGUUCUCAUUAGGCCCGUACAGUAAAUCAGCGUGCCUGAUUUUACCAUAUAUUUUGUUUCUUUUGUUUAGCUGUUUUCUGCUCACCUUGUGUCCUGUUAUUGUACAACAUCCAUGCUCUGGGAAAAGACAAAGAAGGAAAUGAUGACGAACCACGAAUAGCAGCCACAAUGCUCAAUUGUCUCAGCAGCCUAAAGGACGAUUCAGAUUGGCCAGUAGUCGUCAUAGCGACGUCAUCCUCUGCUAAUGACAUCACCUCUGACAUGUACUCAUGCUUCCUUCACGAGCUGAAACUUGAAGCACCUAAUGAGAAGGAGAGAUGUGAUAUGCUUAGGGGACUUGCUGAGAUGCUGUCUGUAGGAAAUGAGGUGCCGUUUGAACCGCUGGCAAGGAGAACUGCAGGACUGGUGCUGGCAGAUUUGGUUGCUCUGUUUUCAAAUGCCGCAAAUACUGCUGUAAAGCGCCUCUUAGAGGAGCGCCCUGGGAAACUGGGGCGUUCAACUGAAACCAAAAGCCAAACUUGGUUUCCGUGGAAAUUUGAGCAAGAGCUAAGCAAAAUGGGAGGCAAAAUUUGCCAGCAGGAUUUUGAAGAUUCCCUAGAGAUGCUUCAGUCGUCCUUGUCAGAUGCGAUUGGAGCUCCUAAAAUACCAAGUGUUAAAUGGGAAGAUGUUGGAGGAUUGGUAGAGGUGAAAGCAGAAAUCUUGGACACUGUCCAGUUACCGCUGCAGCAUCCAGAGCUGUUUGCAGCCGGGCUGAGGAGAUCAGGUACAGUGAUAUGUUGUAAAUUGGUCCCGAGGUAUCGUUACUGCCGUAUCGUCUAAAUCCCAAAAUUAAAAUUUACCAAAACUGCUGAGUAAUUUGAAAUAAUCGGGUCUGACUGUAGUUUUACCAAAGAAGUGACAAGACUUGUGACGAAUUUGUGCCUUAAAUACGUGUACUUAAACGUGCUUUUAACAACUUGUUGUUUCUCAAACCGAAACACUUGAUUCCCUUGUCUCAAAAGUCUAAGAGCCAUUCUCUUUGAAACACGAGGAUUCAGCAAGAACGAAAUAAACUUGACUCUCAACGACUCACAAAAGUUCUAUCAAUAACUUUCUCACAAGUUCACACUUCACUAUACUUUCAGCAAUCCUAAUUGUUGCCCAUUGCCGUUGCCUCACUUGUAAAUUUAAACUAACGUAAUAUCUUUUCACAGGGGUGCUGUUGUACGGUCCGCCUGGUACUGGUAAAACAUUACUGGCCAAAGCUGUUGCUACAGAAUGUUCUCUAAACUUUCUGAGGUACGUAUCGUGCAACUGGGUCACCAACAGUUUCUCCCCAUUGCAAGGUCGCACCCCCCCCUUCCUACUGCUCACUGAAGUGGGACGAACUGGUAAAGGUAAAGGCGAAGUUGAUGAACUCUAGGUGGCGAACUCGCAUGGUUGGUCGAGGGUGGCAAACACCCGCGCAACUGCCAUUUUUAGCCGUCGAAAAGUGUCUUUAAAUUGUUUCCUCUUUGCCUCAUUUAUUUAUUCUCUCACCGAUCUUAUUUUUUUCUUUGCCAGUGUGAAGGGACCCGAGCUCAUCAACAUGUAUGUUGGUCAAAGUGAACAGAAUGUCCGUGAAGUGUUUAGUCGCGCGCAAAGUGCACGGCCGUGUGUAAUCUUCUUCGAUGAACUGGACUCAUUGGCACCCAAUAGGGGGAGGAGUGGGGACUCUGGAGGAGUCAUGGAUCGGUGAGUUUGCGAGUGAGCACAAUUUCCUUAAAGCUAGUUACACAAAAAUCGAUUUGAUCGUCAGUGGAAGUCGUUCUGCAAUUUCGUCGUCGCUUGAGGAGAGUACUCAGCUCUGAAUUAGUGAAUUACAUUGUUAGAUUGACUGUUAGAUUGGCUGAAUUCGUUAGUAAUCACACAGAUUAUAGUUAACGAGUACGUUCGAACAUACGAUGGGCAAGAUCGUCGAUUUUUCGGAUAAGCUAGUUGACAGAUAUUUUACUCACGGAUGGGUGUAGAUCGUUUUCUUUGUAGCGGGUACACUUGAAAAUUGUGUAUUUUAUUUUUAUUUUUAUAAGUACGUAAUCGCCAUGGCUGCGAUCAGCGUGUAGAGAACUUCCCGAUUGAGGAAAUUGAGUGUCACAGACAACACUUAAAAUAAUCUUAUCGGCCAGUUAGAGCACUGAAAAUUAGUACAGAUAUCUAUUAUAUUACACAGCUGAAUAGUGCUUUUCGCCCGCGCUAUUUCAGAAGUGAUUAGCUGGUACUCUUCCCCUCCGAACAGCUGAAGGAACAAAGUCGGAAGUCAAGGGAUGCCAUUUUUUCGGUAUAUCGAUAAAAGUAAACUGAUUUUUGGCUUCUGUGUGGUAUAUACUUAAACAAUGAUUCAACUCAUUGUCAUUGAAAGUGGUAAACAUUUACCUCCACUUCGGUGAGCAAUUGUUAGAUAUCGUAAGGAGACAGUGAUGUCUCAUGGCGGAACCUAGCAACCUGCCUGGAGCGCUGGAAAAAACGCGAGUGAUCAAAUUGUGAUUGGUUUUAGUUUUGCAUUUGAUUGGACGAGACGGUGUUGAGGCAGAGGGACUCCUUGACGUAACACGAAAGCGGUUUCGGCAAUCAGCUAGGCGUUGGUCAGAAAUUGCUCAGCGUUUCAUAUUCUUUUAGCAAAUUCAAUUUUAAUUCUUUCAAUGUUUUGGGAUUCUGUUCAGAGUAGUGUCGCAGCUGCUCGCUGAGCUUGACGGGCUUCACAAAGCAUGUGACGUAUUCGUCAUUGGGGCUACAAACCGACCUGACCUUCUGGACCCAGCGCUUUUGAGACCAGGUCGAUUUGAUAAACUACUGUACCUAGGAGUGAGCGAGGACCGCAGAUCACAGCUCAACAUUCUCAAGGCUCUGACGAGAAAGUAAGUCCACUAACUGAAUAUUUAUCGAUGGUAAAUAGUGAAGGUUUGUGUGAAUGAUAUUGUUAUUAGCGACGUAACGAGGGGAUGGUUUCCGUUUUGUUUUGCGGUCCACGAUAUAAAAAAAAUUGUCAGCGGUUAUUACCGCGCUGACCUCUUCCGCGCUCGUUCCUGCGUGUGUGACUCGUUAUUCACGCUCUCGACACUAUUGCCUCGCGCUUUCGAUGGAAAAAAAAAAAAAGCAUAUUUUCCAAUCAAAUUCGUUAAGGAAAAUAUUUAAGGGAAGUAAUCAAGCCAAGCGCUGCGAUAAUCACCGAGAGAAAGAUUUUCAAAAAAUGUACCACAAAGCAAAAAGCGAAUUGUCGUUGCGAUGUGCCCCAGUUGGGUUUUAGUAUGGCUACUCUUCACUUUCCAGAAUCAAUCUUUUGGCGUCUAGCUCCAGCUAGGGAUAUUGUAGCUGCUCGAAGCUGUCCAUUUUGAUAAAGGAUGUAAGGCUGUGUGUUUUCGUUUCUUGCAGGUUUAAAUUACACCCUGAUUUGCAGUUGGAAAUCAUAGCGGAACUUUGUCCCUCCAACUUAACAGGAGCCGACUUUUACGCUUUGUGUUCAGAUGCCAUAUUGCAAUCGGUUAAGCGAAAGAUCGAAGAACUCGAGCAAGGUAAAAACCAUUUUCACAGCAAAGCGUGCGUAGUGAAGAUUAUUUCAGAUGUCAGUUUAAAACCACCUGACCUUCUGCAAACACAAGGCGCUCGAUUAUUUUGCUCCUUUUUCUAAUUCCAUUUCUCGAUCGGUUGCUCUGUUCUAAAAAGCGCGGUGCGUUAAACACGCAAGGGUAAUGAAUGGUCUGUUGACAUGUCACCUUAAGUCUCCAACUAUCAUCAAAUAACAUCGUACAGACUUUCUGUAUAUCAUUGGCUGCAUUGACACAAAAUUGCAUGCAAUCAGCGACAUGCAAAGUCGCGUGAAUAACAGGAACAGCCAUGCUAUGGAAGCGUUACAAAGUACGUUAACGGAUUAACUCAGGAGUCAUGCAGGCCCAUCAACACAUUUUUUCGUCUUAGCCCUUUACAUACUCGUCCUAACCCUUUACAUACUUGUCUGAAUAUUUAACAUACAGUAUGUGUAUUCUCCAGACUGUUCUCUACACAUUUUCUUAGCUGCUUACAAGGAGAAUUUGUCUAUCAAUCAACAGCGUCUUUAGUUGGUGAUCAUUUCCUUUAUUCUCGUGACCUUGGUGUGUGAUCGAGGAGUGAUAUUGUAGGAAGAAACUAGAUGCUAAUCACCAUUAAGGAUCAAAGGGUUAAAUACUUUCGCUUGUCUUGCAUGGAAUAUUCGCCCCCCCUCUAAACUUAAGAGUACCUUACGGACACAGUGCUGGCUUUCUGUUAAUGAGCGUAUUUUUGUGUUGAGACUACACGGGAGCUUCAUGAGUCAAUACAUAGCUUUGCUCUGUAUUUUAGGCGAAGCUGACCCUCGUUUAGAUGAUACUGACAUACAAGUUACGGAAGCGGAUUUCCGGAAAGCUUUGGACAGUCUCACACCAUCUGUCUCCCAGCAAGAACUCAAACGUUACAAAGACAUUCAGCAGCGGUUCGCAGUGGCCAACACCGUUACAAAGAGUCGAUAAUUCAUGGUAAGUUCGGCCGCAAGUUACUAAAGCAAUUUUCAAUCGAAUGUCAAAUGAAAUCUGGGAUCGUGUUGGUUUUACCUUACUUUAUUCAGUCAUUUGUGUAGAAAAAAUGGCGCUACCAACCUGGCAGACGUGAAACUAAACCCUGAAUCGCGACGGGAUCAGUCACGUUUUUUACUGAGGCUUAAUGUGCUGUGAGUUUUGUCUUUCUCCUUUUCUGAUCUGCCGUUUUGAUUACUUGAUUUUGAUCAAAUGAUACUCGAUGGAAACGCUUUCUGUUUUGGAUUAUCAUAAUAGUCGGCUUGUCAGGAAAACCAUUGACGAAGGUUGCUCCGGGAUUAACAUUAAAGCCUUGCGUGAGGUUCUUGGUUCUUUCGCUCGUUAACGUCUAUAGGAGUUUUCAUUGAUAAGAGUAUAAGCGAGAUGUCGACUUUUUCUUGAGAUUCUCUUUACUUUACGCCAAAAUGAUAUAAACUUCAAUAAGAGACCACUCAUUAUUAAUCGCGGGAAGUGGGGGAGGCUCAGAUGAUGUCCUGAUAGGGUCAAUUAUUCAUAAUUAAAAAAAAAAAAGCUUAAGUUUUAUUUAAAGAAGCUCAGAAGGUCACACAGAACAUGCUCUUCUGCUUGAUGUUUUGAAAACUCAUAUACUUCAAAUUCUGUUGAACUCACAUUUGUAUUCGAGGCAAUUGGUUACACAUGUUUUUAACUUGAUAUUUUCACUUUUAUUACCAUAGAGGGGGUGGGGCGUUAUUAGAAUACCACAGAGACCUGUGGGGGGAUUAGAUAAAUUCUAUUGGGACACGACCAAAACCCCCGACCCUCCUUACCCCCCCUGGGCGAAAAAUAGCGACCGUCUCUAUGAACGGCAAAAUGAUUUUCAAACAAUCAUUACCUCGUGAUGGUCUGUCUACUGUUAAAAUUCAGGCAACAUUUUGGAAGUUUUCCAUCGCAGUUGCUCUUCACCUUUAACAUUGUCUAUAUUUUUAUGAGUUUAUUCUUUCUCGUUCGAUGUCUCUAGGCAAUUAAACCACGUUAAGAUAGUUUUCCUUGUCUUCACAUUAAAAAUUAAAAAAGAUGGAAAAAAAUUGCUUGCUAUCCCGCGUGGCUGGUGGGUUACUUAGCGCUUUUUUGUAAUCAAACGCGAUAGAGGCCCUAAAACGAGCCGCAAGACCUCGAGGGCAAAACAAAAUCGAUCUAGCUAAGCAGACGUUCUCUGAUACUGUUAUGUUAGAUGGUAAUAUUCAUUGAUUCACACCACGAUAUCUUAGAAAGUUCUAGACGGUAAUUUCUCCCCGGCUAGUCGUCAUUGAUGUUUAAUUAAGUUACAGUGUACAAAUGUACUCAAAGAGACAAAUCACCAGAGUAAUUUCACGAAGUCCGCGUGGCAAUUUUCCACCAAGUCAUUACUGCGUCAGUAGUAGAUGUAGAUAGAAAUUGCAUUCAGAGGGAAAAUUUGCAUUUCGGCGAUUCAAAUCUUCGAAUUUCAUUUUCAGUAGCUUCAGCGUUUACCUUAAAGCUAUUUGUUAUUGCUCUGAUGUUUAUUUGGUAACGACUGCUUCACUCUUGGCUAAGUACAGUAGCUUCGAGAAACACUUCUUAAUAAUGACAGAGUUAAAAUUCGUGAUUGAGGAAAUUGCCCCUUCGCCAAAUUGAAAAUAAAUAGAUUGCAGGGUGAUUGAUUUUGAAUUCCGGACGUAUGCGGACAAAAGUUCUAGAGUUUACUUUGAUAUCUGUUUGUUCGGAAACUCAAUGAGCAUGUUUAUCUCGAUCUGCGAUCGUCAUUUUCGCGAGUUGAUAAAAAUCUAAUUUCUUCAUUCCUCAAGGACAACACACUGAUAAACUGAUAAAUUACGAGAUUAUAAAAAUCGAUCAGUUGUGGCCUGGCGCGCGAUAAGAUAAUGUGUAGGCUUGCUUGUAUCUUAUUGGUAACCUGCCGUUAAUAAGUUUGCCCUUUCAAUCUAGAAAGAUCAGAGCGACAAAAGCUCUUAACGCCAUUAAGAGGAUUCUUUGAAGAGAAAAGGUGGAUUUCUAAGGCUAUAUAAUGACACAAAAGCGUGCCUUCAGCGUAAUAUGCCCUCGAUAAUAUUUAUCUACAAUAAUGUACGUUCUCUAUGAAUGUAAUAUCCAUGUAGAAGUUCAUGUCGUGCACUAUUGAAGAACAUUCUGGCUUGUAAUGGGUGUACUCUUCGAUAACUUUGCUUUUGAAAUCGUGCUGCGGAGUUUGUUUUGUCUUCUUUAAAAGGAUACCACGCGGAGAGAUAGCACUUGAAGCUAAGAAAAGCAGAUAAUUAUUUGAGAGAAUAGCUCUCCUGUUGGUUGCAAUUAAGAUAUUGGUUUUUCCACUGGUCUAUUAAGCUCGAUUUUCCAUCACCGCUUGGUCUAGUUUGGCAUUUUAUUACUUUACUAAAAUUCAAGAAGGGACUAAUUCACGUCUCCUUGGUGUGAAUUGCCCUUUUUUGACAAUCUGUUUUUAGCCUAACUCAUAGUUCCUCAAUUGUUCGCAAUCAGCAUAAACAUGACAAUAUUUUUGUUGACUGUAAAGGAAACAGCUGUGAGAACUAUUUUCAUCAAAGGCACGUGGAGAAUAGAUCUGUUUCUCUGGAAAAUUCGCUUUUCUUUAUCAAGCCAAUAUUGAGAUGAGUAUAUGUUGUGAAAUCUGUUGCUGGGAGUAAUUUCAAUAAACAACAUCCAAUCUGCUUUCGUACACAGCUGUUUCCAGAAUCAAACAAAAUAGGCAUUUUUUGCAGUGUCAUAGUAAGGGGACAUUUUAAGAUACUGGCAGCCAUUAUUAUUUUGCCCGCAUUACGUUUAGGAGCUCGCCAGGAGACAAUUACGUCUGGAAUCCGCCUUGGUUAGGACAAAACUCCUUUUGAUUUUUUAUUGCAGCGGGCGAUUGUGUGACCUUCAGUUUGCACCUAAAGGUCAGGCCAUUUUUGAUUGAUUAUUUUGGUUUCAUUUUAUUGAAAUAAGCCGCUUGUUUGACUUGUUUAUUUCGUUUUUCUCGUACCUCUUACUGUUCUUGUUUAUAUCAAAAUAGCAAAGAAAGAUGUCAACUUUUGUUAUCAGUGUAAGACAAAGGAACAAUUAGCGUCCCUCUCCGAGUAUCGGUCCCUCAGACCGUUGGAUUUCGCGCUUAGAUCCACAGACAACUUUUUGAUGCGAAAACUGUGCACAAUUUAAAAUACAUUUCCUAGAAAUCUUGAUACUCAUUGAUUUGAUGUAAUCGAAUGCCCUCAAGCAAUAGAAUCCCUUUUCCGUGUUCUUUUCCAAGCGUCAUCGUAGCAGGAGAGGGGCUCGGAUCAUUCUAGAAAGUAUGUAAAUUGAAGACACAGUCGAUGGUUUGCAUAACUUUCGAGAAUUGUCCCAACCACCCAAGUGUUUCAGUGAGGUUAUGUAAACACGGAAGAAGUAUUCAAUUAUUUUCACAAAACGGUGCUCACGCUCAAAUCGAGAACUUCGCCGCACACAGUCAUUUUCUAACACACCUAUCGACCAAUGAAAGCUCAUUAAUAAUCUCUCAGUUAUUUUUUAAAAUGAGACAUAUUCACGGUGUAACUGUGUGUACUAAAAAUUCCACGCGAGUAGAGAUGCAGAAGAAAUAAAUUGAAAAAUAAUCAAGAUGCUGAAUGUUGAAUCCAGUUUUGCCCCUAAAUUUUACUCGGAGGUUUACAUCACAGCCACAAAAACCGUAGACUCGCAUUGUUUUGUUCUAUUGUGUUCAUCUCAGAUUGAGGCGGUGGAAAAUCAAGAGAAGCAAUAUUCGAUUUCACUCUUACUAGUAAUCGUCAAAUGCUUGUGAGUGUGUUAUUUCAAAGUUAUCAUUCCCCACUUACUUCCUUGCGAUUCAAAUAAAAAUUAUAUUGAAAAAAUCUUAUCUCAAACGAAGCAUGUAUAGAUACAAGACAGCUCCGCUGUACAUCUUGUGCAUCGACAAACCUUAGCUGUAUUGGGUGCUCUUUUCGGGUUGAACACCUGGUAAGAAGGACAGGAUAUUUUUUCAGUGACCGGUAGACGACCCUGUCUUGGAUUGACCUGUCCUCCAAAGGAAUUGGUUUCCUGUUGCUGUCUUUAACUUGUGUCAUUCUUUUGAGAUGAAAGGUAUCAGGAAGUGAUAACAAUUAGUGUAGCGCGGACAGAGAAUUUCAGAAGUCGUAAUUUAUGACAGUGAAAAUCGAUCUUUGGUAGAUUUUAUUAUAAAUUCUUUCGAAGAAUAGCGAUAGAUUUUGCCCUAAGAAAGUUCUAAGAAUUCGGAUUGAUCUAUCACCUUCGGUUUCGAAUUUUUUUUUUUUUUAAUUUAAAUUUUGGCUCGUACGGACUUUGCAUUGAUUUGCACUGAUAUCGGUAUAAUUCUUUGGGUCAAAAGGAAAGAACAUUCAUGACUCGAAAGUCCUUUCGAUAAAAUUUUUUAUCUCAAAGUAACCUUUAAGCUAGCAAAAUGAAAAAGCCGUGAAGCAUCAAAGAGAAAGCAACAAAUCUAAGCAGAGCAGGGAUAAUUGUGAGAUCAAAGAAGAUUUUGAAAGACUUGAAACAGCAUUAUACAGAACAAUCUUGUUGAUGUUAGGAUUUGAUCUUUAGGGCGAAUAUGUAGAUUUUUCUCCUGUAUGUGUCGACUCUGGAAUAAACAUGCACACAGAUGUUUUUAUUAUUUUUUCCCCUUUUCCUGUAAACAUUGCUUUCGAAAUUACUAUCUAUAACGAUUUUGCGAGUCUGGUCACGCCUGGACUAAGCAGCCAACUAACUAGGAACCAGUGUUUCCGUUCUUAUUGGAUGAGGUAUAGCAAAGGCUUUCCUGCUCGGUUCUGGUGACUUCUGAACACAUGCACGCGGCACAGAGAGUGAUUGAUAGACAACAUAACUGUAUAGAAUAGUUAAAUUAUGCAACUUGCACGUGAGCUCCCCUAACAUAACAAACCCGAGGCAAGGUGCGCUAAGAGCUGCCAAUUAAGACGUUUAAGAGAUGCGCAGAUGUCCUUCUAGAAUUUUCUUUCUACUUCCUUUGUGGUAUAAUAGUGCUGAUCGGGUUCAUUCAGCAGAUUUGCUUCUGAUAUCGUUGCGGUUUGGGUUGUGCAUAUUCUCCGAACAUGAGUAAACGCGCGCUCCGCUCAUAGCUUUAAGAUUCAGAACCGCUGCAGUCGAGAAGUCAUUUCGAUAAAAUGGCUACAGCUCCAGCUGAUAGUGAUGAUAACUGCGAGGCGCUUCCAUCUGUCUCAGGUUUGCUUUCAAGUUUUUGACGGACCUUUUCUCGGUGAUAUGUUUAUUUAUUUUUUAUUUCUUUGCAAUCAUUACAAUUGCUUCAAUACAGCUUUUACACUUAAAAACUUUCAAUCCUGCAUGCAAACUUCUUCCAGUACAUAAAGGAAAUAUCAUUUUCGAAUAAUUCGUGGGCUAAAAUUGAAAUUGGAUUUCUUUCGUGCAGACUUUGUAACAACCUCUAGAACAAAGUUCUGUUGUCGUAUCUUCCUAAGCCUUGGCGGUCUCUUUUCAGUCCACGUUCGUUUCAUCCUCGCGCUUCCUACUAAAAGAGUGUCAAUAAAUUGCAAACAACCUGAAUUUAUUUUGGAACUCACGCCCACGCCGAAGACAGUUUUAAUGCCGUGUACUAUUCUCGGUCGACUCUCAAACAUGACCUUAAUGCUACUGGCAUUCGUGAGAUGACUGCAUUUUGUCUCUAGUUUGUGACAGAAGUUAAGUCGUUUGUGUAAUCACGAUUGGUUUAGCUACAUUUAAGCACAGAGUCGAAAAUAUGAAAUCUAAAAAAAAAAAAAAAAAAAAAACCGCUUCGUAUUCAAACCAGACGAGCAGGUCACAUAUUCCGUCGUGCGAGACGACUUUGAAGAAUUGGAAUUUCGCAAAAACCACAAAGCAUGUUUUAAAGAGCAACUAAGAUUGGAUUGAUACCAUAGUAAAGAAUCAGAACGCGGGGCUUUGGCUGUCUAAUUACGUAUGUAUGAUCGGUUUAUAUAAAAAAAAAAUGAAUAUUUAUGAUUUCUCUUUGGUUUUACAUAAAUCGUAUAUCUUAAGUUUCAAUCAUUGGACAUUGCCUAGUGUGGCCUGUUUAUACAUACACAGUUUAAAUUAUUUUCCUCUUUAUUUCAGAUACAGUGAUGAAUCACAUUAAGCGUGGAAG